GGUUACUAGGGCAAUCUACCGGAAGCGUCAGGUUCAGUGUAUGUUUCCGCGUCUUCCGCGGAGCGGGUGUUCAGGGCCGGCAGCCUUGAGCUAGAUGUCGUCCCCGCAGGCCCCAGAAGAUGGGCAGGGCUGUGGCGACCGCGGCGAUCCCCCUAGGGACCUCCGUAGCGUCUUGGUCACGACCGUGCUCAACCUCGAGCCGCUGGACGAGGAUCUCUUCAGAGGAAGGCAUUACUGGGUACCGGCCAAGAGGCUGUUUGGCGGUCAGAUCGUGGGCCAGGCACUGGUGGCUGCAGCCAAGUCUGUGAGUGAAGACGUCCACGUGCACUCCCUGCACUGCUACUUUGUUCGGGCAGGGGACCCGAACGUGCCAGUACUGUACCAAGUGGAGCGGACACGAACAGGGUCGAGCUUCUCGGUGCGCUCUGUGAAGGCCGUGCAACAUGGGAAGCCCAUCUUCAUCUGCCAGGCCUCCUUCCAGCAGGCCCAGCCCAGCCCCAUGCAGCACCAGUUCUCCAUGCCCACUGUGCCACCACCAGAAGAGCUGCUUGACUGUGAGACCCUCAUUGACCAGUAUUUAAGGGACCCUAACCUCCAAAAGAGGUACCCAGUGGCGCUCAACCGAAUUGCUGCUCAGGAGGUCCCCAUUGAGAUCAAGCCAAUAAACCCAUCCCCCCUGAGCCAGCUGCAGAGAAUGGAGCCCAAACAGAUGUUCUGGGUGCGAGCCCGGGGCUAUAUUGGCGAGGGUGACAUGAAGAUGCACUGCUGCGUGGCCGCCUAUAUCUCCGACUAUGCCUUCUUGGGCACUGCAGUGCUGCCUCACCAGUGGCAGCACAAGGUGCACUUCAUGGUCUCAUUGGACCAUUCCAUGUGGUUCCACGCCCCCUUCCGAGCUGACCACUGGAUGCUCUAUGAGUGCGAGAGCCCCUGGGCUGGUGGCUCUCGGGGGCUGGUCCAUGGGCGGCUGUGGCGUCAGGAUGGAGUCCUAGCUGUGACCUGUGCCCAGGAGGGCGUGAUCCGAGUGAAGCCCCAGGUCUCAGAGAGCAAGCUGUAGCCAGAGGUACCAGCUUGGCCUGGGGCUUCAAGAACCUCCCAUCUAUCCCCAUUCCUGAGACAGCAGUUACAGUCCCUUUUGGCCCUCACAUCCAAUAAAGAGACUGAUACCACUGGA